UGUUAAUAUUAUAGUUAUCUAUAUGACCCAACUCAAGAGUCUUCUUUCCCUGUUCCGCAUUCCAUUUUUGGCUGUUUUCGAAGGCAUCGAUCCUUUUGAUAGAAAAUCAACGCUGUACCAUGCUUGUCGUUUUUUAGCAUCGUCUUCAGCUUUACUAGUUGUUGAUCGGAAACAUGACGUCAGCUAAAGGACAUCUUCCUGUGUCCAGGAUAAAUACGAUCAUGAAAAGCUCUUGUGAUGUGGACACGGUGGGGAAGGAUUCCAGUAUAAUGAUGUGUAAAGCUACAGAGAUUUUUAUAAAGACUUUGGCCCAGGAAGCGUUCAGACAGUCACAUGCAAAUAAUAAGAAAAGGUUAGAUUAUAAGCACCUGACAGAUGUGGUGCACUCUGAUACUAAGUAUAACUUUUUGAAAGAUAUUUUGCCAAAAAAGAUAACGUAUGCAAAGUAUAAAGAGAUAAUGGCGAAGAAGAAUAAACAGAUGGCAGCGGAGCAAAAUGACGAUGGUAGGUCGUCACCAUCUUCUUCAUCUAGUUGUAGUUCGUCGUCGGAGGAAGAUUCAAGUUCUGAAUCAAAUGAUGCGGGCAGCCACAGUGCUUGAUAUAGCUCGUUGUAUACCGGUAUUCCCCUACUUUGAUUUUUUUUAUAUAGCACAGUUUUGGCAUGUUCAGUAAUUUUUGUGUUGUGUUUUUUCUACAUUCACUGUUGUAAUAUGUUAUUAUGUAUUUUCUUAUUAAGUGAUUUAAUAAAAGUCUCAUUAAAU